AUGGGUACGAGCAGUUCGAAAUCACCUCAUCUUCCAACAUCGCUCAUCUCUCGCACUCAAUCAUUGAUAACCUCAUGUCAUUCAAAACACAAACAUCUUGAUUGGACUCUUCUGCUUAACAAAGGACACGUCCGUACGAAGAAAAAAGUUCUCAUGUUAGGCCUGGAUGGUGUUGGCAAAACAGAUCUUUUCAGUCGAUUAGUAUGUCAAGAUAAACAAACAAGCAAAGCAGAUUCUCUUCCUCAACCAACCAUGGGAUAUAAUGUCGAAACAAUCAAAGUCUACUGUAAUCAUCUAUUUCAUCGACGUUGUCAUGAAAUCACCCUGUGGGAUUGCGGUGGUCAAUCGUCCCUUCAGCCGUUAUGGUCCUAUCAUUUCUCGAAUACGUCCCUGCUUCUCUGGUUAAUUAAUGUACAUGAUCGAUCGCGAUUAGAUGCUAAUCUGCAACUACUCUCUCAAAUCCUUUCCAAUCCAUUACUUUUUCGUGUUCCUGUUCUCAUUGUGUUAUAUCAUAGUAAACUUCACCGUCGAGAUCAAAAGACUUCGAAUGACGAGAAGAACGAAGGUUUAUUGACGAAUUUGGAAGUAGCUUUUCGCUUUCUUUCCACCUUGUCAACGUCUCACGCAAGUACAUUUAAAUGGCAGGUGAUCAAAGUCAAGUUAAAUGAAGAUUCUACUAAUGAUUUGAAAAAAAUUCAACAAUCAUUCAAAGAGUUAAUGGAAUUAUAA